CCGCUUAUAAAUUAGGGCUUUUCGCUUUCCCAAUGAGUAUCGAACUUAGAGGGAGAGGAAAGAGGAGAGAGAAUCACGCUUGGUUCAGACUUUAGAGAGAGAGUGGUAUUAAACUCGUGAGUCUCUUUUCUUGUAUAAAUAGUGUGAGGUGAUGGGGAAUGUAUUCUUGAAUUCGUUUCAAUUUUUAUUAGAGAGAGAGAGAGACUGGUUUUCUUGCUGUUGAAGGUCUCAUCUAGAAGAAGAAGAAGAAGAAGAGAGAGCAUUCUGUGAUCCAAUCUUUUUCUCUCUAUCUCAACAAUGGCGACUAAUUUUUGUGUAAAACGGCUUUUUCAGAUGGGGCAGAGGAGGUACACAGUUGCAGCAGUAGAAGCAAAGGCAAGCAUUGUCGGGGCAGCAACAAAUCUCAAUAAGACACCUGAGUCCACCGCGACAAAAAUUUUGCCGGAAAGUAAAGGAGGAGGAGAAAGGAGUGAGCAGAUAUUUUGGAUGAGGGAUCCAGUCACUGGAAAUUGGAUUCCUGAGAAUCAUUUUGGAGCCAUGGAUGUCGCCGAGCUCAGAGAGAAGCUUCUCAGCAAGAAAUAGACCACUAAAUAACUCCCAUUCCCUAAAUUAUUCUCUCUCUUGCUCUAAAUUGGAGUCUUUCUCUCUCUUGCCCUAAAUUGAUACUAAAUUAUUCCCUCUAUUGCUCUAAAUUGGACUAUUUCUCUCUCUCUCUUUCUUGAUAAAAUGGGUCUUUGAUGGAUACAUGUCGAAAGGGAUGAUAAAUGUGAUAAAGAGUUUUAUUAUA